GCUGGUAGGAAAUGCCCAGCCCGGGCUGAGAGAUGAGCUGUGCCUGAGUGGGUGGACACGAAAGAAAAGUGGAAGUCACUACACAGCUACUUUCCUCCCACUGCUCUAACGCCUCCAAGACGUCACUGAGCCAGCCCCCAAGGGAAAAACAAGCCUUGGGCAGCCUUCCAGAGCAGAGCCCAGCACCCUGCUCACCCAGCCCAGCACCCGCAGAGGAUGCGGAGCUGCCAUGGUCCCCCACGCCGCAGCCCUGGCCCUGUGCCUGGCUCUGCUCCUCGCCUGGAUGGCCGAUGGUGAGAAGCUGGGGAGCCCCAGGCAUGUGCGUUUUGCUGCAGAGAUUGGACAUCACCUGCUGUGCUGGGAGCCCGGACACAACAGCCCCAGCAAUGUCCAGUAUGAAGUGGAGCACAGAGUCUAUGGCACAAAUUCCUCUUGGACAGCCAUCCCAAGCUGCACAAAGAUCUCAGAGCUCUUCUGCGACCUCACAUACUACACCCUGGCUCCUGCACUGCGCUACUAUGCACGGGUCAGGGCUGUGUCUGGAAACCAAACGUCCCCGUGGCAAAGGACCAACUCUUUCUCCCCACAAGAAGCCAUCCUGCGUCUGUGGGGCCAGAGCCUCUCUGUGAUGGGCAACACCAUCCACGUGAAGCUGCAGCUGCUCCUCAGGGCAGGGAACAUCACCUUGAAAUACGACGAUGUGCAGAAGCACGCCAGGAGGUACCGGGUGUACGUCAGGAGGGCGCAGGACAACCGGACGUACCAAGUGAUGGAGACCAACACAGAGUUCAACAUCAGCAACCUCUUCUGGGGCACAGAGUAUUGCAUCAGUGUGGAGCCCGAGGUGGUCAGCCGGCCUGCCCGCACCACACGCACCCCUGAGCAGUGCCUCACCACCAGACAGAGAGAGGGGAGUGCAGAGCUUCUGCUGAGCAUCCUCACCUCCUUCAUCCCCCUGCUGAUCUUGGCCCUCCUGGGAGCUCUGCUGGCAUGCACUUACAUCAAGAAACCCGUCAGGACGCCAUCUGUCCUGAAAUCCUUCAUCAAGCAGAGCUCCUUCUGGGUGGAGCAGGAGGCAGCCCAGUCCUGGGGCAGCCCAGACUCAGACCCUGUCCAGCAGCUGUUCCUGUGCCAGAAGGAGCCCCAGCAGGACAGCAGCCCCAGCACAGCCCAGCUGCCCCUGGAGAAGGGCUGGAGGCUCCCAGCAUGGCCUGAGGACUGCCUGUGCUCCACUGUGGAGAGUGGGGACAGCAGCUGUGCCAGCACAGACAGUGGCAUUUGCCUGCACACCUCUGAGCCGAGCUGCUCCGUGGGCCACAAGCCCCAGGGCUACAAGCAGGAGCUGCCCACUGGUGAUGACAGUGGCAUGGGCUUGGGGACCACCUGCCCGUGCCCCCCGUGCCCCUCCAGCAGCAUGGAGCUCAGCCUCUCCUCCCCUCUCCCACAAGCUGUGGAGUUCCGUGGGUACCUGCAGCAGUCCCAGGGCAAGGUGGAGUCCCAGCAGGACCCAUCCAAGACAGCGUCCUCCUUGAGCUGCCCAGGCACCAUGGACAUCAUGCUGGGCACAGAGUGCUCUGAGCUGGCUGUGUCCAAAGGGUAUUUGAAGCAGUCCUCUCCUGAGCAUCUCUGCAGCCACAGACUGGACCUUGCUCCUUGGGGGGCUCUGAGCUGGGGGGCUCUGGGUGCUCCCUUAGCCUCUAAAGCCAGCCCUGAGCUCCUGAAAGCUCCCCUCGAUCUGAGCAUCUUCAGUACUGACCUCCUGGGGAUGCUGCCCCUCGAGUGGCUCCAGCUGCAAACCCAGCCCCUGAGCCUGCCCAGUGGGGACAGCAAGGACAGCCACCUCUGAGCUGGGGACCAGGAGCCCACCAGCUACCUCUUGUACCCACUGCCUGUGGGAGCAACUACUCUGAUAAGCUACCACCAACCCCCAAACCUCAGUGCACCAAGAGCAGCCCUGCCCACACUGUGAUCCAUGUUCUGCCACUAUUGCCUACAGAUGUUAUUUAUUCUAUUUAUUUUGUAAAUACAGAAAGGAUGUGGUGUUAUCUGUUUGGUCUAUUCAUCUGUACAUCCUCUCCUAAGAUCAAGCUGUGCUUUCCAUUUUUAGAUAUAGAUGUU